UGAGGUUUAUCAAAGGAUAACAGUCAUUCAGUUUUUAGUGACGCCGUCCAAAGAAUACAUCGUAUAACGGCGGGACGUUUGUAGUCAUACAUGGAAGUAACAUACACGUACCUUCAGUUAUUUGUUUGGAUAAAAUAAGAAAAGAAAAAAGUUCCUGCUGUCGCGUGUACAUGACAUUUCUGCUCACGGCUCGGCCGAAAAGCAGACUGACUGGAGCUGUUCGGAAGAGUUCAGAAACGCAAAAUAUUAAAAAAAAACAUUUAAAAGCCAACACCUUUGAUUUGUCAGUGAAACUAUGAAGUUGCAGUUGUUGUUGGCGCUGACGUUGGCGGUAGUGAUUCUGAUCUCAGCGGUAGAAGGAGGUCACAAAGGUAAGAAGAAUAAAAGGAAAAAACACAAGAAAAGGGAUGAAAUGGUCAAUGACUGGAACAAGGAAUGGCGAAGACCUGUAUCGUUCGAUUUCGAGUUUGGCAAUCCAAGGAAGUGGAGAAAUAUUUGGCAAAUGUUUACAAGACGGCUACCAAGCAGGCGUUUCAGGAUGGGACUUGGGCCACCUGAAAACCGGUGGUUUAACUUUGAUAUGGGCUGGAAUUUCGGUCAACGAGAGAGGCACUGGUGGGACGGCCCCAACAUCUGUAAAAGCCGAACCGAGAGCGAGGCCAACUUGACCGAUGUUGCAGCUGGCACCAUUUCGCGCCAUUUCAGCUUCCAGAGCAAAGUGUGCGAUGAAACCGAUUCGGCGUACAAAUGCAUAACAAAAUCGAAAAUUGGUGAUAGGGAGAAAACGAUAACAGAAGUGUUUGAAUGUUGUCAUGGUUACACACGAAAAGAAAUUGAAUUCGGAUGUCCAAGAGAACUGAAUCUGGCAAAUCUGGUGGAAACUGCCCGGAAGCUGGGGCUAACAGAGUUUCUGCGUGCCACCGACAGCGUCGACAUGACUGAAGAACUUCAGCAAGGCAACUUUACCGUAUUCGCCCCGGUAAACACCGCCUGGACAAACGCAGCUGGCCUAUUUCCUACACUGCCGGCCCUAAUGCCCCAGGAUAUGCCCUACACGAGGACGUACAAGAAUAACGUGGUGAUGGUCUCCCAGCCAAUCAGUGACCUCGUGGUGUCAGACAUGCGCAACCUGCUGCUGGGACACCUCACCGUGGGCCACCUGAAGACCAGCGCCAUGCACGACGAGCAGCUCAUCGAGACAGGAAGUCCGUACAAGUCGUACAUCCGGAUCAACUUCUACAACCAGCCGCAGAAGCUGGUCACAGCUAACUGCCUUCCCCUGGUGUCAGCCGAUAACCAGGCCACUAACGGCGUCAUGCACUCCGUGGACGGCAUCUUACAGCCCGUUACGCUUUCUCUGAUGGACAUGAUCACCAAGAACCCGAACCUAAGUUUCCUGAAAACAGUUCUUGGGCGCGCCAGCACCGUGCGGUUGCUGAGGAAGGAAGGUCAGCUGACACUGUUUGCGCCGUCUGACAAGGCGUUCGAGAAACUCAGUCCCAGGCUGCAGGAUCGACUACUCAAGGGCGACGUGGACUGUCUCGAGAAGGUGUUGAAAAACCAUAUCCUACCCAAUGUGAUUUGUUCAAAAGUCAUCCAAGGAAAGGCCAAAUCACCCAAUCUCCUUCACAAGUAUCUGAACUUGACGAGAGAUGAGAAUGACAAACUCUUUGUUGAUGGCUCUCAGGUGACCGCCAAGGACAUCAUGGCCACCAAUGGCGUCCUCUUCCUCAUUGAAGACGUAUUGGUUCCAGAUGAAGCCCUGGACAUCCUUGAUAUUGCCCAAAAGAAUGGCCAUGGCAAGAUCUUAGGACUUCUCAAGAAAGCCAAUCUUCUAAGAGACAUCCAGAAAGAAGAAAACGUCACAUUCUUUGCACCUUCAAAUAAGGCCAUUGAGGACCUUCCAGAAAGGAUACUCAGAUUGCUUGAAAGUGAUCCUGAAGAACUCCGGAAGGUGCUGUCCUACCAUUUCGUGAAACCAGCCCUCCACUGCAAUAAUCUCCAUAACAACUACCAGCUUGAUACCCUGCUAGAAGACAAGACGAUUAGGAUCAAUGACUACUCCUCGUUCCCGUUUAGUCAGUACAGGAUACAGACAGCACAGUGUGUCCCAAUUAAACAGCAUAACCUUGAAGCCUGCAAUGGAGUGGUAAACGUCAUUGAUGCUCUGAUGUUCCCACCAGAAGGAAACGUGAUUGAUGUGCUGGCUCAGGACAAGAAGUUCUCCCGCUUGGUCGCUCUGCUAAAGAAAGCAGGCUUGGCCGACUCUCUACAGGGGGAAGGACCCUUCACAAUAUUUGCCCCUUCAAAUUCGGCAUUUGAAGAUAUCGACUCUAAACAAAUGGAUAAACUGGAAAGCAAUCGAGACCACCUUCGAUCUAUACUGAACAAUCACAUUGUCCAGGGUGUUCUGUGUUGUGCGGGAAUCUUUGAAAGCAACUGGUUUGGAAAUCCAAAGGUUGCCACCAUGUCUGGAGAAGCAAUUCCUCUCGAUCGUUUCCGCAACGGCAUCAGAAUUGGCCACGCUGAUGUGAACGAGUGUGACAACACCGCUACCAACGGCGUCAUCCAUGAAAUCAACCGAGUGCUGUUACCUCACGUGAAAGAGAAGGAUCCAUGGGACGUCUUCGAGGACUAUUGGGACUUCAAGUAAAACUUGUGCAAAACUCUGUCAAAAUAUUCACAAUUUAACAGUGUACAAUGAUUCGUCGGAAGAUGUAUGACAAAGAAAUGUUUCUGUCUGUAUUUAUGUUUGUGGUAAAGAGGAAACCCAAGUUAUAGGUCACAUACCCUUAUAAACAGUUAAAUGCUAAAUGUAUUCCCAUUUUUAGUAUUGAUACAAUUACUAUGUAAAGCUGUGAUGUUUUGGUUUUUGAGAAGCUAAAAUCUUUGAGAUAUGUUA